AUGGACAAUCACACAUCUCUUCCCGAAUUCUUUAUUGUGGCUUUUUCUACUUUUUCAGCCUAUAAAUCAUAUUUAUUCACUGUGUUUCUUUUAAUAUAUCUGAUUGCUCUGCUAGCUAAUUCUGCUAUAAUUACAGUCAUAUAUAUUGAUCAGCACUUACACACCCCAAUGUAUCUAUUUCUGUGUAAUUUGUCCUUACUAGAUCUGUGUUACACAACAGUCACUCUCCCUAAACUUUUGUACAUGUUACUGUCUGGGAAUUACACAGUGUCCUUCAUACAGUGCUUUACCCAGAUGUAUUUUUAUUGGGAAAGUGUCAGCACAGAAGUAGUCCUUUUAUUCACAAUGGCCUAUGACCGGUAUGUUGCUAUAUGUAACCCCUUACACUAUCACCGAAUCUUCAAUAGGAAACUUUGUGUAGAACUCACGGCUGCUAUAUGGGUAACUGGUUGUUUAAACUCUUUGCUAAUUCUGAUAGCAGCUACACAUAUGACUUUCUGUAAUUCAUAUAUAAUCAACCAAUUCUUCUGUGAUGCUAAAUCUCUCAUGAAGCUUGCCUGCACCCAUAAGGAGGAAUUUUCUAUUGUGAUUUAUGUGGAAGUGUUUGUAUUUGGGAUCAGUCCAUUCUUCAUCAGCUUGACAUCUUAUAUAAAAAUUAUUAGCACCAUUUUAAAUAUUAAAUCCAGAGAUGGCAGGAAAAAAGCCUUCUCCACCUGUUCAUCCCACCUCACAGUCCUCACAAUAUUCUAUGGGACAGCAAUAACUGUGUAUUUGAUGCCACCUUCAGACCACAACAAAGUCUUGGAACUGAUCUUUACCGUACUGUACACUGUAGUUACACCCAUGUUAAAUCCACUAAUAUACAGUCUACAGAAUAAAGAUGUAAAGAGGGCACUAAAGAGAUUCACUGGGAUACAAAAAAGAUAA